AUGAGCGCCAAGGUCACGCGAGCUUGCGAUGCCUGUCGGGUCCGGAAGGUGAGGUGCAGCGGUGACCAGCCCUGCGCCCAGUGCGCCCACCUCAACCUCGCCUGCGCCUUUGCGCCUCCUCCGGCGAAGCGCAAGCCCGGCGUCCGGGGCCGUCUCGUGGCUCAGCUGCGCAAUAAGACUGCCGCCGAGGUCACCAACGGGAGACCCGGUGCCGCGGCUGUGUCCUCCAUUACUUCGCCGGCCGCUGCGAGCACCUCCUCGUCCGCCUCGUCGCCCACCUCCGGCGGCGCCGUACAGCUUCCCGCCGUCACCUCUAUUGCUGGCAUCGUCGACUCCAACCAUGCCGUCAGUCCUCGGUUCGAGCUGGCUCCCGCCAUUGGCGGUGGUGGCUACUCGCAGGAAUUCUUCAUGAGGCUGCUCCCCGAGUACGAUAAGCUCGUCUACCCCGUCAACCCCGUCUUGACACCGGACGAACUGCGCGCGAGCAUCCAAAACAUGCACGCGAGCUAUGAGGACGCCGCCCUAGUCCACGCUUUCGGUGCUGUGACCAUAAACCUCACGCAGACCUCGUGGACCCUGCACGGCGACAUUGCGGCUCAGAUGACCUCGCUCAUCCAGUACAGCCUGUGGGCGCAUCGCAAAGCCGAGAUGGGCAGGGAUACCGACGCGCAUUACCUGCAGUGCGAGAUGCCCAUGACGGUCAAGCGCGUCAUGGUUGGUAUCUGGAACGAAAUUUCCCUCAUGGCCUUUAAGCGCUUCGACCGCAGCUUCGCCAGCCUGCGCGAGUCCAUCACCAUGAUCCAGAUGCUUAACAUACACCAGUAUUCGGAGGACAACCCCUGCGGGCUGUCGCGCCGCGAGAUCUCGCGGCAGCAGCGCAUGUACUGGGAGGCCUACAUCCACGAGCGCUUCAUGUGCAUCAUGUCGGGCUUCCCCUGCACCAUGAUCCCGCUUCGCACCGGCCUCCCCAUGACCGACGCCGACGUGCCCCCCUACGUCACCGUCGGCUUCAACCGCCUGAUCCGCCUCUUCCAGAUCAUGGACCCCCCGCUGCUCGCGCACUGGACGGCGCAGACGAUGCCCGACGCGCCCACCAUGACGGCCCAGUGGAUCGAGAGCAAGCAGGCGCAGCUCGACGCUGACGAGGCCGAGACGGCCGACGCCGCGCGCGACCUGUCGGCCAGGGGCGCCGGCUCCCUCAGCGAGGAGCAGCACGUCGACCUCUUCGUCACCCGCCUCUGGCUGCGCACCCUCGUCUGGCAGCUCGCCCUGUCGCACGGCCUCCUCCGCUCCGCGCCCCCACGCGACGCCCACGAGGGCCUCUCGCUGCACUUCCCCGCGCAGCGCCUCUCCGCCCAGCUGCGCGGCCUCGUCAGCCGCCUCGGCAACAUGUCGACCUUCGUCAUCCACGGCAGCGGCAUCCUGCAGAAGCUCUUCGAGAUCACCAGCACCGUCGCCGACGUCCUCGCCCUGCCGCGCGGGCCCGGCCAGACCCAGGAGGAGGCCCGCGCCCGCAUCGAGGACUUUCUCUUCCUCGUCCGCUUCAUCUUUGGCUUUGAGCGCACGCAGAAGCAUCAGCGCGACUACCUGCGCGAGAAGCUCGACGCCUUGCGGGAGAUGUACACGGUGGUGGACUUUGGGGAUCUGGCCGGCAGUCCCGCCGCAAGAUGA